UUUGGAAGCUGCCCCUCCCCUGACAGCGCCUCAGUAAAACUUUUCAGCUGCGAGAAGCGCGCGGCGGAAUCUCUCCAAAAGACAGCGCGCACGAGACAAUAAUGAAUGAAUGACAUCCUGGAUCCACAUGGCCACAUUUGUUUCAAUAUAUUCAUUUUAAGAACUAUUUAGGGGUUUAUUUAGAAAAGGAAAGGCCCGUUUAGUGUCAACCUUCUCCGGCUAAACUUUCUGCGUAAAAAGUGAGGUCAGAAUGUUGGCGCACUCUGUGGCGACGUUUGCGGUUCUCCUGUCGUGGGUUCAAUGCGUGCUGACCACGCGGGUCACCUUCUUGAACUCCUCCGUGGACGUGGACGUGGACGCGCGCUCCGGCUUCCUGCAUAGGCGACUGCGCAGCCAGGAGCGCAGAGAGAUGCAGCGGGAGAUUCUCUCCAUCCUGGGUCUGCCGCACCGGCCGCGGCCGCACGCGCGCAUCAAGCACAACGCUGCGCCCAUCUUCAUGCUGGAUCUGUACAACACCAUCUCCACGGCCCCGGAGCUGCACGGAUAUUCCUACUACGAAACAGCACUGCCCACCCAAGUCCAGCCGGCGGUCACUUCACGGGACAGCCGCUUCCUGAAUGACGCAGACACGGUGAUGAGCUUCGUUAACCUCAAUGAUGAAGAUGAAGAAGUUUUGUCCCAUUCCCGGGCAUGGCAGUUUCGUUUCGACAUCUCCAGUAUUCCAGAGGGGGAGGUCAUCACAGCCGCAGAGCUUAGGAUUUAUAAAGAUUUCGUUGAGGGGCACAGCGACAAGGAAACAUUCAUAGUCAGUGUCUUCCACGUUCUAGAGGAGCCUCUCAACAGGGAAAAGAAGCUGCUGCUGUUGGAUCAGCGAGACGCUUGGGCUUCAGAGGAGGGCUGGCUGGUCUUCGACCUGACGUCCACCAGCUCCGCUUGGCUGGUCCGCUCUGAACAGAAUCUGCAGCUUCGUUUGGCGCUGGAGGACAGUCGUGGCCAGGAGAGGAACCCCCAUCUUGCUGGGCUUGUGACAAGCAGUGGACCUAAAGAUAAGCAGCCCUUUGUGGUAGUCUUUUUCAAAGCUAGCGAGGUUCGAUACCGCAGCGCGCGCUCAGCUCACAAAGGGCGCCAGGGGAACCGCUCCAAACCUCAAAGGACCUCCCAAGAUGCAAUGAAGGCAGCAGAAGCUGCAGCAGACAGCCUGGGAUUCUCUAAAGAGGGCUGUAAGAAGCAUGAGCUUUAUGUCAGUUUCAGAGACCUGGGAUGGCAGGACUGGAUCAUUGCACCAGAGGGCUAUGCGGCGUACUACUGCGAGGGAGAAUGCGCUUUCCCUCUCAACUCGUACAUGAACGCCACCAAUCACGCAAUAGUGCAAACUCUGGUGCAUUUCAUCAACCCAGAGACAGUGCCCAAGCCCUGCUGCGCUCCCACGCAGCUCCACGGCAUUUCAGUGCUUUACUUUGACGACAGCUCCAACGUCAUCCUCAAGAAGUACAGAAACAUGGUGGUCAGAGCCUGUGGAUGUCACUGAGUGUCUGUGGGAUCUGCCAGCGAGGAGAAAUCAGAACUACAGAGGAAUGGAACUUAAUGAAGAAAAACUGGGAUUAUCUGAACUGUAAACUCCUGAUGAGGGCUGCAUUUCAACUUGACCACUUUUAAAAUAUCUGUGUUUCAUCUCAUGGAGGUGGACUUUAGAUGGUAAACUGUGACGUUUGGGGGAGCAGCAGGUGGUCUUUGGGAAGCUGUUAUAUUUAUUGCGUCAUGUUAAAGUAGCUGCCCACCAAAGUAGCAUUAAUAAAUGUCUGGUUUCAUAAUCUCUA